UUGUUUCUGGCCAUACUUGUGGGUGGAAACAUUAGUAAUCAUCGUCAAACUAAUUGUUUAAUUUACCAAUAGCGAUCUCUGUUGUUUAAUUAAAAACAUAUUAUGAAUCGAUUUUAUUAAAAAGGAAGGUUCACCAGUCGUAGUCAGUAACAAAAUGAAACUCGCGUUACUGGUUUUGCUGGGCAGCUGUUUCAUUGGGCAAUUGACUAAGACCCAGUUGGUUUACAAGCUUAAGAAAAUCGAGUGUCUGGUUAAUCGGACGCGAGUGAGCAACGUGUCUUGCCAUGUGAAGGCGGUCAAUUGGAAUCUGGCAGUGGUGAAUAUGGAUUGCUUCAUGAUUAUGCCUCUGCUUAACCCAAUCAUCCGAUUGCAAGUUUUUACAAAAGACUACAGUAACCAGUACAAACCAUUCUUAGUUGACGUUAGAAUCCGAAUUUGCGAGGUGAUUGAGAGGAGGAACUUCAUACCGUAUGGCGUGAUAAUAUGGAAGUUAUUUAAGCGUUACACGAAUGUUAACCACUCCUGCCCUUUUUCGGGCCAACUUAUAGCUCGUGACGGUUUUCUGGAUACUAGCCAUCUGCCGCCGUUUCCUCAAGGAUUUUACCAAGUCAGCUUGGUAGUUACGGACACUGAUUAUGUAGGCACAAUGAAAUUCUUCCUCCAGGCCAUGGAACAGAUAAAAAGCAAGAAGACCCCUAGUUCCUAAUGCUAUCUAAACUUGGUCUUCAAUUAGAGAUUUCUUUACGUUUUAUACACAUAUGUACAUGUGGGAGUAAUAUAAUUUACAUUUCACAAAAAAAUUAUAUCAAUAUGUUAAGCCAAAUCUUUCAAAUAAAUACAACCCAAUAAUUAGUA